AUGCGUGCCAAAAGCGUAGCUAAGGAUUUAAUUAGCAAUCUCCCAGAUGAGAUUCUUGGCAAAAUCCUGUCGUUUCUUCCGACACACGUUACUGCUUCCACAUCGGUUCUGUCCAAGAGGUGGAGGAAUCUGCUUUGUCUUGUAGACAGUCUUUAUUUGAGUGAGGCGGGUGGUUGUCCUUUAGGCUUCCCUGAGUUCGUGGAAAAAACACUUGCUCUCUAUAAUCCUGGUUCAAUGAUAAAGAGAUUCCAUCUGAAUUGUGAACACAUGCAUGAAGAAUCUCAGUUAGAAGGUUGGAUUCGCACUGUUAUGGAGCGCGGCUUCGUUGAAGUUCACUUGGCGACCGUAGGUAUGUAUAGUAUAGAGACUGAGUUCUUCACUAGCAACACACUGGUUGAGCUCACAAUAUGCGGUGGGUUUUAUCCCCACGGUCGUCUUCCUCCUGGGGGCGUGUUUUUCCCAGCGCUCAAAAGACUCUCUCUCGUCUCAGCUCCGUUUGCAGAUUAUAUCGUGUACGAGCAUUUAAUCGCUGGCUGUCCUGUGCUUGAGGAGUUAUUCCUACAUUAUCCUGAUGACGGUGGUCCCCCGACUUGGUGUGGGAACGUCGUUAGCCCUUCCAUCAAGCGACUCACCAUCCUUUACGAUUUCCCCGAUUACCCUGAAGCUUACGGUCGUGUUUGGUUUAACACACCCAGUCUUGUGUACCUUGACUAUUCUGGUCAUGUCUCGGGUUGCUAUGAGGCUAAUUUGGGUUCCCUUGUAGAAGCUAGACUCGAUCUUCAACCAUGGGAGCAACUUAAGGAUGAGGACAGUACAGAUGAGGACGAUAUAAGUUCUUAUUAUCCUGUGAAUGAUGAUUUGGGUGAUGUUACGGGUCUGGUUGCAAUGAUAAACAAUGUUAGGACCCUUCACUUGUCUUCAGAUUCUCUUGAGGUUUUGCACUCUCUGUGUCAAUCAAUGCCGCUGUUUCACAACCUCCUUACUUUAUCUUUUGAGAGUGACAAAGAAAGAGGCUGGCAGGUGGUGCCACUUCUUCUCAACUGCUCGCCAAACCUAGAAACUUUAGUCAUCAAGGGACUUGUGCACAAAGUUACAAGUAGAUGCGGGGACGUUUGCCCUUGCAUCCCUAAGAAGAAGAGCAAGAAGGUGGAUGAGGGAGCAUGCUGUUUAACCACAUGUCAAGUGAAGGUGUUAAACAUUUCAGGGUAUCGCGGAACUUGUGUGAGGGUUAAAGUGGAUCAUGGAGAGGACAACGGUACUAGUGAUAUAUAUACGUACUUGAGAAUUACCAAUGCUCUUAGGAAGCUUUCCACAGUUUCAUCAAACUGUAGGAUCCAUAUCCUCUGA